UAAUACAGUCUCGUUUAUUUAUUUUUUAAUAUCAUUUUUAGAAUGUAAUAGUGCAACAUACAGCAAUCGUUUUCACAUUAGAGAAAAAAGUCCUGACAUUACAGUUGAAAAGGUUGCUGAAUCGUCAUUAUUUUCUUCAAGAUUAUUUAUUAAAUCUCCUAGCAAACAUCCUAAGAUAGUAUCUACUCAGAAAUAUCAAGAAGAGAAUGUUUUGAAUUUAGAAGAAGAUAUAGAUUUUUCAAAUUUCUAUCAAAGUAAUACAGUUCAAUCUAGUUUGUCAUCUGUUUGUCAACAUGAUUCAUUUUUGGAACCAGUUCAAAAAACUAUUCCAAGAGGCAUUGGUGGUACUUUUUUUUAUGACGAACCACCAGCUAGCUUUAAACCGAUUGAUGAAAGGCGUUUUCAAUAUGCAAUAUUUAUGGAGUUAGCAAGUAUAAAAUCUGAAAUACAAAAAUCUUUAUGUGCAGUGGAAAAGCUGGGAAGAAGAACUGAGCCUGAAGAUUCCUUAUUUUAUAUUUAUAAAUCAAAUGAUAUAAGAGAGUUUGAUGAAAGAGAAAUAUUUUUAGGUAAUAAAGAAAAGUUUCAUUUGUUGGUCCGUCAACUUAAACAAAUAGGUGGUAGUUCAAUUUCAGCCUCAGUUAAUAAAGUUUUAGAUGAAACAAUGUCUAAAAAUGUUCAAUCGUUAUUUAACAAAGCAGGAAGACAUGGCAAAAGAUCAUUUAGAAAAACAUUAUUGUAUAAAGCAAUUAUUGAAGCAUUAGUGUCACAUUCAACAAAAUUUGAUUUGGUCGAUAAGUUAAUAGGCGACCAUUUGAAAAGAGCUCCAGAUCGAAUUGAAUAACAAAUAAUUUAUUUAGUAUUUGUACGCUCGCAUUAUAAAUGAAUACAAAAUAAAUAAAAAAAACUUUAAAA